AUGUCGAGCAAAGGCAUCGUUCUUGUCACCGGCAUCAAUGGCUAUGUUGGCGGUCGAACCGUCGAGGCUCUGCUCAAAUCGGGUUACCGCGUUCGCGGCACGGUUCGAUCAAUGCCUUCAGCCCAAGCGACUGUCGAAGCAUUAGCCGGGUAUGAGCAAAACCUGGAGAUUAUUGAGGUCGCAGAUACAUCCGUUGGCGGCGCUUUUGACGAGGUAGUCAAAGGCGUUGAGGGCAUUGCCCAUCUGGCCCAGCCCGUCACCGAAAACUUUGGAAGCGAUCCGCAACUUAUGAUUAGCCAGAUCAGAGACGCCACGACGGGUGUUCUGGAGUCGGCUACCAAAGUUGGGUCCGUCAAGACGGUAGUCCUGAUGUCGUCGGCCGUCGCCGUGUUCUCUCCAAAGAAUUACCCGUACAUCUACACCGAAAGGGACUGGAGUGACUCUUGGGUAGAGAUCGUGGACCAGAUGGGCGCUGAAUCGCCUCCGGGGCUACCGUAUUUGGCAAGCAAGGUGGUGGGCGAGAGGUCUUUUUGGAAGUUCCGGGAUGAGAGGAAGCCAUCGUUCACCAUGACUGCUAUCAACCCUUUUUAA